GCCUGGAGACUGAGCGAGCGCCAGUUUGGAGACCAGCAGGAGGCACCCGGAGUCUACCAUUGCUCCGGCCUGAGUAGCAGAGGCAGGGAAGUAAACACCCCACGCAUUCCUACCAGAGGCAGAGAAGAUAAACAUCGCCUCCCAGGCACACCCCACCAGGCAGAAGACCCAGAAGCCUAGCUUGCCAGUGGAGAGGCACAGCUUCAAAGACUCUCUGCCCACCCAUGGCACCACGAGUCUUGCUCCUCUGCCUGCUGGGCCUGGCAGUCACUGAAGGGCAUGGCCUGGAGGCAGCCAUCCCAGGCUGCCACUUGCACCCCUUCAAUGUGACGGUGCGAAGUGAUCGCCACGGCACCUGCCAGGGCUCCCAUGUGGCACAGGCAUGUGUGGGACACUGUGAGUCUAGUGCUUUCCCUUCCCGGUACUCUGUGCUGGUAGCCAGUGGCUAUCGACACAACAUCACCUCUGCCUCCCAGUGCUGCACCAUCAGCAGCCUUAAGAAGGUGAGGGUGUGGCUGCAGUGCGUGGGGAACCAGCGUGGGGAGCUUGAGAUCUUCACUGCCAGGACCUGCCAGUGUGAUAUGUGCCGUCUCUCCCGCUACUAGUCCCUGAAGGGCUCAGGUUCCAGUCCUGCCACUGAAAUUUCAUAGAUCUCUCAAAUGAGGGGCCCUGACCCUCUUUAGAGUCUGUGAAGAUGGGGGUUUCGCCUCCUUUUACCUUUUACCUGGCCUUCUCAGAAGUCUCACUGCUACGUUCUCCUUUGCUCCUGUCCUCAAUAAAGCAAGCAAUGCUUGA